AUGGAGACUAUGGAGGAAGGUGAUGGUCGUCUGCAAAAUGGUUUGUCCGCGAAGAUGCCGAAUCGGUUGAAGCUUGUGCUAAGUGACGAAAAUGACAAGGUGACAAGUGAAAAGACAGCGGAGAUGGAUCCAUACAAGGAACUGGAGCUCUAUCUCGCCAAGGUCAAGGAGGAAAUCGGCGAGAUAUUCGACUCAGCUCCAUCAACUCCACUCCGCAUCGUAGAAGAGACAAAGCAUCCAACUCAACCGGAAAAGUUAUCGAGCUACGCGGAUAAUUCGUUUAUCUCGAAAUACUUACCUACUACGAAAUCGCACGGUUUCGUGAAAAGACAAAAUUCGUUGACGAGAGGUGGCGAAGAUAUCGGUGAGUGGUCUAACAGUAUCCUCGCAGAGUUCAACAGCAUAAUCGCCAACGAGAUCAACGAGCUUACCAAAGAGAAGAUAAGGAGAGAAGCCACGCGCAGCAACGAUGACAUCAGAAUACAAUACAAAGAGUUGCUGAACGAAUUUGGAAUAUCCGAUAGCGAGUGUUCCGAUCGAGAGUUUAACGGUGAACAUGGUUUUCUUCGAGAUGAGAAAAAUCUUCGAGAUCGCAGGAACGGAAAACUGUUCGUUGACGAUGAUCGUCGUUGCCUGCUGAACUCCGAUUACGAUGAGCCCCACGAUCGACUGAUUCCUGAGGGAAGGAAAAGCGGCAGCUUGCCGGAGAAUCUACAGGUUAUCAUCGGUAAACAUCGAUUUUAUACUACAGAAACUCUAAGCUCCGACUACGACGAACCCAGCAACUGUUUGCCGAUAAACUCGAUCAGAAACCAGAUUGAUCGGAUUACUUCUAGUCUACCGUCGAAAUUGGAACGCGAGUGUGUCUCGAAAGAUGCACAAUCGAAUCCUUGCCAUGCACCAAAGAGAGUAGGAUUAAGUUCGAAAACCAAUGAAGACGUGCUUCAAGCUGGAUCAUUCAGAAACACCGAGGAAGAUCCUGAAGAAACGAACGCGAAAUUACCGCCACGACAACGAUCCGAGAGAAAAACGAGCCUUCCUAUCAAUUUAACUAAUCAAAAACGUCGAAAGGCAAUGCGACUACAAAGACUCCGACGAGGCUCGGAUGAUCAAGAGAUCAUGGAUCCCGAAUACGACGACGUAUUUCCGAACGACGAGACGGGCAGAUCUAGAUCGUUGGACAAUCGUGUUCCGAAAUCGGCACCUGUGACACCGACGGAAGAGAAGAAGCCACCGUUUUCGAAAUUGUUGAGAAAACGACACACUCCGGUAUUUCACGAGAGCUCUGACGAUGUUAUUCUGGUCAGCGUGUCUUCGUUACCGGAUCAAGAUAUGUCGCGUUUGCGAAACGACAGGUUCCACGAGACGAAAAAUAGCAAGGCGAACUCGAAAGAAACGUUGUCUCGAAAAAAGAGAGCGAUAUCGCCGUUAACUCUACGUUCCGAUGUCACCGCAAAAAGGCUGUCGGAAUCGGAUAGAGACAUCAGGCAGAUUAGCCCAGUGGACUUGAAGAAAUUCUCAUUGACACGAACGUGGGGCAACGAUGUUGCAGUGAAUUGUGACUUGUCUGAGAACAAUGACGUCAAUGGAAAUUGCGGGAUCGAGAACGGAACCAUCGGCAAGCUGGAGCACGCUGACGUGAAAAGGAUCAUAGAGGAACAAAACGCGAAAACGGGAUCCCUGCCUAUUUCCCUGCAGUCUUUAUUGUCAAGAAUACGAAAUGGCUCGGGUUCUUGUUGCCCGAAUAGUCCGCCGAUGGAUACUCUCACUUGUUCCGACAUGGCAACUCAAACUUCGCCAGCGAUUUCGAGAAGCUCUAGUUUCACCUGGGUUAGCGAUUGCGACUCUCCUCCAGCCGAGUCCCAAUUGGAUUCACAAUCAUUACAAGAUGAGAGCACUUUAGAUCCAGUUUCUCCCCAAGACACCGUAGACGAUGAUAAUAGAUCCUCGUCAUCGUCCCAAGAUAUCCUACAGAGCAUGGAUGAGAUUUCUUCCGGAAGUUUAUCGCCGGAUACCACCGAUAGAGCAUCUCCGCUUGAAAGCGGAAUUGGAACAGCGAGUCCACCUAGGAGCACAGACCGUCGAUUGACUAAACCGUCAACACCGAAUAAAUGUCAUCGCAAAGAGACAUGGGAGCGAAUUCGGCGACGGCCAUCGAAACUAAACUCACGAAACGAUAAAAAUUCGCAAGACGUGUGGGUCAAACGCGAGAGCGUGCAUACGCAAACGAAACAAAUCGACGAUCAGUACUCGCAGGACGCGGUGGACAGCAGUAGCGGUCUCGAUGACUCGUUGCCGAGGAUCAGGACGGCCAGGCCUACGAAUUUACCGCUAUGCUUGUCCACCACUGCGAGCAGUUCCUUAAGCUCGGGCGAGCUGCUCGAAACGCCGCCCCGAGCGCCGUCCUCUCCGUCCGCGGCAAGUCUUCAGCUGAAGCCGGAACCUCUGACUGUAGAAAUGGGCGGGAAGAGCAGCAGCGCGCCGUUGUUAGAGAACAAUGACGCCAAGAACGCCAACAGGAAGGUGCCGAGCUUGCAGCAGCAACCGCGCUCGCAGUCGGAACGACAACUAUCAGAAAUCGAGGCGCAAGAAGCUUGCAAAUGGUUGAGAGCUGCCGGAUUUCCACAGUACGCUCAAAUGUACGAAGACUAUCAGUUUCCGAUUGACGUUUCCGGCGUAGCCAAGGACCACCCUUUCCUCGAGGCCGACUCGCUGCAGAGUCUUUUCCGACGUCUGCACGCCCUUAAUCGUUGCGCCAAUAUGAAACUCGACACGCAUCAUACGCACCACAGCACGAGCCACGGCAAAAGCAGUGCUGGUGGUGAUGAAUCCGACGAGGACACGCAAUGCGCCUUGAGCGAAAAAUGGACUUUCGAGAAAAGGACAAGACGCUGGUCACGCAUAGGCGACGUUACAACGGCAAACGUAGAGAGGCUGCAAGCGAUCGCCGGACAGAAUGCUGCGUCCGAGGACGACUCCAUCGAGGAUCGUCUGGAGGCUGAAGAGGCGGAAGAUACCAUGCUGGAGAAUCUACGGUACGGCAGCUUACCACCAGGAACGCUUCCUGAUGGGGAAAACGGUACGCGGUUUCGUAGAUCCGGUUCGGAGAGGCUACGGGACGGCGCAAAAGCUUUUCUGAGACGCGUAGAGUCCUUAAAAUCACGGCGGAGGAAACGUCAGAAUCGUGACGGGGUGGUAAUCAGCGGACCCCAGGUGCUCGAUGUGAUGUCUAUGCAGCAGAAGAUGAAGGAACUGAACUGCGUUGACGUGUCGCCUACAGAGCCGGCGCCGGUGUCCUUCAACGAACUCCUAUCAGUUACGCCUGUACAAAUUCCCGGUUCACCGGUCACUUUACCGGCCUCUCCAUAUCACCUACCACCGUCGCCGAUGGCGAAUGCGCCUAGUCCCUUCGGCGACGAUUCCUCCAGCUACUGCUCAGACGGUUCACAAGGCGGUGGUCCGACGCCGACGCCGACUCGUACAAAGAUGAAUCGCGCCCGCCGAUUUCUACAUCGCGGCAGGGAGGAUCAGGGCGCGCUGAGCGACUCCGAAUGCCAGCCAAUGAACUGGCGACACCGAUAUUUCCGCGAUGCUAACAGCAAUCAUGCUAAGGUGCUAGAGUUCGUGAAUGUACGUUCUCAAAGUUCCAAGGAGCGUUCUCAAAAUUCUACGCCGGCAAAGAAUUCACCGAUCAACACCCGCGGCGGUAGCCUAAAUCUCGGCAAGGAAUCGCAGAGGUAUCGCGACAAACUCGCGCAAGACAAAGAUGAAAAGGCAACAUCCUCGAAGCGGGAGGAUAAGAUGCGCAAGAGCUUCCGGCGCCGUGAUGAAUCCCAUAGGGAAGGCAAGUCAUUGUCUAAAGAGGUGACAGUCUACCGAGAAAAAUCCAGGUCCAGGAGCUCUGAAUUGGUCGGCAGCCAAGAGAGCGGUUCCACUGUGGCCAGUAGAGAUUCCGAACCGGAAGAAGAAUUGCCUAGGCAUAAGGGCACCGUUGUGAGGUGGCACAGCUUCCAGAGAGGAUCGCUCUAUCCCGAACCCUUAGAUCCAUUGUGUCCUAGAGCGAUGGCUUCUAUGUCAUGUGGACAACUUUUAGUUCUGAGGAAACUGGCAUUGCUAAAACUCACAGCAUGCAUGGAACGGUAUUGUCCGACUCAUCGCACUGGUUGGAACUGGGAGCUUCCGAAAUUUAUCAGGAAAAUUAAGACGCCUGAUUAUAAAGACAAGACGGUUUUCGGAGUGCCACUCUUGCUGUCUCUACAGAGGACCGGUCAAGCAUUACCUAAGUGUAUCCAAAUCGCUUUAAGAUGGCUGAGAGCCAACGCUCUGGAUCAAGUGGGCAUCUUUAGAAAGAGCGGCGUCAAGUCGAGAAUACAGAAAUUGAAGAUUAUGACGGAGACUCAGGGGGAUAAUAUCAAUUUUGAUGGGCAGCAAGCAUUCGAUGUCGCUGAUCUUGUCAAACAGUAUUUUAGAGAGUUGCCAGAAGCCCUGCUGACAAACAAGUUGUCGGAGACGUUUAUUGCUAUUUUCCAACAUGUACCAGUAGAAUUGCGACCCGAUGCUGUUCAGUGCGUCCUGUUACUACUCCCAGACGAGCAUCGCGAAGCACUGGAAACUCUGCUUGAUUUCCUCAAUCAUGUCGCCAGCAACUCGCCUUAUAACCAAAUGACAGCCUCGAAUCUGGCUGUGUGUCUAGCCCCGAGCCUGUUUCACUUCAACCACAGUAACACGAACGUGACUAACAGGUCGAGCAGCGUGUCGCCACGUAGGCGAAAGACUGUGGGCAUUCCCGAUCAGCGAGAAUUGUCGGAAAAUAAAGCUGCUCACGACUGUCUUCUGUAUCUGGUCAAGAUGCAUCGUGAAUUAUUCAUGGUCUCGUCGGACAUGCUGACGCAGUGUCACUUUAAUUACAUGGAAGAGAGCAUUCCAGUCGCGCUGGAGGAACUCGGUUCGGAAUUGAAGCAGGAUUGGAGGGGAUACUUGUACGCCUGUACCACGGCGCUGUUGAAAGAAGCGCGAGAAAAAAGUCGCGGUUGGGUCACAGUAAACAAUCCUGCUGAUAACAGCGUAGAAAUGGCAUAUAAAAAGGUUGGCGAUGGACAUCCGCUUCGUCUCUGGCGAGUAUCAACCGAAGUCGAGGCUCCUCCAAACGAGCUGUUACAUCGUGUGCUAAGAGAAAGACACAUCUGGGAUCCACAACUUUUAAAAUACAGACUGGUGACCAAAUUGGACACCAAUGUGGAGGUCUUCCAAUAUGCCACAGGAAACAUGAGUCCGCUGCCCGCUCGAGAUUAUUGUGUAUUAAGAUCUUGGCGAAAUGAUCUUCCCAAAGGUGCUUGCGUCAUUGUCGAAACAUCCGUGCAACAUCCAGAUGCCCCUGUCAUGCUCGGAGGAACUCGCGGCAUCGUUUUAGCCUCACGUUAUCUUAUCGAACCAUGUGGCAGCGGCAAAUCUCGCAUUAUGCAUUUAUCUAGAGUCGAUACAAAGGGACGCACACCUGAAUGGUACAAUAAGAGCUAUGGACAUAUCGCUGCUCUUCAUCUCAGCAAAAUCCGUAGUUCUUUCAAGCACACCACUGACGGGCCCGAAAGUAAAGUUUGAGAACAGAGUACCGUGCAACAGCUAUUGUUGCACGGUUCUUCUUUUCCUUCAUCCUCUUCGUCCUCUUCCACAUUAACUUCCAUAUCCACUUCCACGUCCACGUCCACUUCCACUUCCACUUCCAUGUCUACUCUCCAAGUACCCGAUGAGCAACAGUAUGACAACAGGAUCCUAAAGGACGUAUUACAAGUCCAGCCUACUAUCGACGAGGAAUAAUCUCGAUUGAUCAGCGCGAUCAAUAACCAAGACCCACCGAUGUCGUAGUUAGCUUCGUUCAACUGUUUUUGAACUUGAGAUAAGCAAUCUAUUUUAUCGUAUAGUAGUAUAUAGUAAUAGAAUCCUCCGUAUGACGUUUACUGUCCAAAAAUCUUGCCGUCCGUUUGUCAUGAAAGUUGUAAGGAAUGGAAUAUAUAGAAUGAGAAUGAACGAUCUUCCUGAACAAUUUUAAUGAAGAUCGCUUAUGUGCGUCUCGAUAA